AUGUUUCAACCUCUCCUCUUUGCACUCGCCCCUGUCGGUGCUCUGGCGGCUUCUGCAUACGCCCCUGUAUCCAGCAGCUGUCCCACCGGAAGUCUCGUGCGGUCAGCCGAUGGCAUCUCAGACUCCGAAGCAGCGUGGGUCACCAAUCGCAAGGCUGUGUCCGACAAAGCCCUCGAGUCCUGGCUUGCGUCCGCACUCCCAGGUGUAGGUGCUUCGAGUUUGCCGACACUCGCCCUUUCGAUAUCCGGCGGCGGCUUUCGAUCUCUCCUCAGUGGCGCCGGUGUGAUCCAGGCCUUGGACGGCAGAGAUAGCAACUCGAGCACGACUGGUCUGUACCAAGCUCUUACGUAUCAUGCCGGUCUUUCAGGUGGUGCCUGGUUGCUGAGUGCUCUCGCUGCGGGCAACUGGCCAACUAUUUCCGACCUCCGCGACAAUGUGUGGGAGACACAGUUCGCGGGAGGCAUUUUGAACGCAAGCAGCGCGACCACCGUGGGCGACUACCAACAGAUCGCUGCGGAUAUCAUCGCUAAGGGUUCCGCUGGCUUUCCAGUGUCUCUAACCGACCCCUGGGGACGGAUGCUCUCUUAUCAGAUCAUGUCUGGUAGCGAGGGCGGCGUUGACACGACAAUGUCCGAUAUCAGCUCCCUGUCCACCUUCACCUCGUUUGACGCCCCAUUCCCAAUUAUCACUGCCUCCAAGAUCACACCCGCCAGCGGAGAAUGUGAGCCACCUGCGGAUGGUGCCAUCUACGAGUUCAAUCCAUUUGAGUUUGGGUCAUGGUCUGACGAUAUUUCCGCGUUUGCUCUGUCCGAAUACCUGGGAAGCAACAUCACCGCUGGCUCCUCAUCUCAAUGCGUCACAGGAUUUGACAAUAUCGACUGGGUCCUAGGAACUUCUUCCAUGCUCUUGAAUGAGUACAUCUGCAACUCGAGCCUUGGAGUAGAUGUCACUGCUCUGUUCCCCAGCAGCAUGAUUACCGUGGUCGAGAAGUUCACUUCUGCGGAUGAGUAUGGCUACUCAUUGCUGCCCAAUCCUUUCAAGGGAUUUAACUCGACGACCGCCACUAAGCCCAGCACCAUAUCCAGCUCGGAGGAGUUGUAUAUGGUCGACGGCGGCGAAGCUGAUCACAACAUCCCUUUACUGCCACUUCUCGAGCCAACGCGCAACGUGAGCGUCGUUAUUGUGAACGACAACUCCAACGACGAGAAUGGCUUCCCUGACGGAACCCAACUUGUUGCUGCGUACGAAGCCACACAAGUCGGCCGUUUGGCUGGCCGCUUCCCCACUGUCCCCGCCACAGGCGAUUCCAGCUUCUCUCAGGCACAAUUCUUCGGCUGCGACGAGCCAGACGCUGUUACCGUCGUCUACUUGCCAAACUCGAACUGGACCUAUGCCUCAAACACUGCUACAUUGCAACUUACGUACACUUCGGCUGCAACGAAUGCCAUGAUUUCAAACGGCAACCAAAUUGCGACACAGGGCGAGGACGCUUCAUGGGGAACCUGCCUAGCUUGUGGGAUCAUGCUCAAGGAGGCUGGGAGGGCAAACCUGCCCAGCGAAUGUGAGGCUUGCUUGACGCAAUAUUGCUGGUCUGCAUAG